UCUGCGACCCGCGGCGUGCUGCUCGGGUUCGCUCCCGGCUGCUGCCGCUGGGCCCUCGGAGCUUCAUUACCCUUCCAUCCCAGGAACCCCCACUGUAGAACUGAUAAAUAUCAUCAAAGUUUGCUGGCCUGCCUUUGCAGGUCCCCAUUUCUUCUGCCUCAUUACACUGUAGAAUGAACCUGGACUCCCAAAGGCUCUGCCAUUGUAGCUUAUGCUCCAGCACAUCCACCCUGGAAGGCUUGGAGCAUAGGCCUGGUUCCCGACUUGUCUGAGGACCAGCCUAGCUGGGUUUGGAAAGGCUGAUCAGGCAGCUAGGUGGUUACCUAGGAGCAGGAGAGGGAAGAGCCUGGAACUGGAGAGACCAAUUAGAAGGCACUUGGAAUUGGCAGGGGCAAGAGGUGAUGAGAGCCCAUAGUGCACAGAAAUAAGGGAAACGCUAUCUGCUUACAGAUGAUGUCGUGAAACUGCAGGAAUUCCAGCAAGUGAAGGUAGCGGUUUCCUCUCGAUUUCAUGGCAAAAAAGGGUAAAACACUUGGAUUUCUUUCAGAAAUCUAUUUUAAAGACAUGGAAGAAAAGAUGAAGAAAAAGGCUCUCAUCUUAAAGGAGGAACUGAAAACCCUGCUCCAUUUAUGUGAGACCCGAGAUGACAUGGAGCUAGCAAGAAGUGCUAUUUACAGGUACCAUGCUGAAAACAGAAAUGUCUGCUUUGGGGAAUUUAAGUUUGGACCCCUUUUUAUAAGGCUUUGCUAUGAGCUGGACCUAGAACAGUCUGCGAUGGAACUCAUCAAAGACCAGCAUUUGCAUGGUUUCUUUUCAGACUGUACAUCGUUCAAUAUCCUGAUGAAUAUGUUAUUUAUCAAAGGCAAUUAUGAAGGUGCCUUGGAGGUUUUAAUAGAAAUGAAAAACCAAGGGGUAAGGUUCAAUACAGACACCUACAUCCUUGCUUUUGCAAUUUGCUACAAACUGAACAGUGCUGAUUCUUUCAACGCCUGCAUGACUUUACUGGACGAAGCGCUAAUCAAAGGAGAAGUUUUGACAAGGCGAGCCUAUGGUUUUGCCAUAGCAUUAGCUUUGAAACAGAACCAAGUGGCAAAGGCAAGAUCCAUUUAUUCUCACAUCAUGAACCCAAACAGCAAAGCAUGCAGUAAUUUAAAUAUCCUUAUCCAUGCCCACUCAGGCAUGUUGGAAGGAGCCCUGCGGAUACUGGAGGCAUCUGCCGAAAAAACCCCCUUCAGCUUUGUGAAGAAGGAAGAGUUCUCAGAGGAAGUGCUGACCACAGUGAAGGAGAAAUUAGAGGGACAGCCGGCUCUCCAGUUCAGAUUCAAAGAGAUCUGGGACAAGCUCCAGGCAUCUGGCCAGGUCAUCCCCCAGACUGUCGAUGCCAUGCUCUGUGUCAUCCCUCAGAGCAGGAAACCCCACAUUCUCUCAUUUAACAAGAGGCAAACAAGCCGUCGGACUUUACAGCCACUCAGUUCAUCUCUGAUAGCAGAGUAGCCCUGGAUUUGGCCAUUGGUGACUCUGAACUGAAUGUGUCAUUCUGAGUAUCUGAGAAAUUGUUUUGAAGGAAAUUAGGCUGAACAUUUUUAUCCCCUCCACAGAUUUCUAACACUCAUUGACAACCGACAUUCCAAACUGAAAGGUCAGCAUUCUGGACUAUUGUGGACAACAUUAACCCAAACAAUCAGAAAUCUUGGUUUUUUUUUUUUAACAUUUUGAACAUUAUACACAUCUGUGUAUAGUGAUGGGUGUGCCCCUGAGAAAACUGUAGUGGUUUCUCAGUCCUGUCGCCUAGGCCCUAGUUCAUACAGGCAGUAGCAGAGAAGAACUUCAGGUCUGGAUAUAGACUUAAUCCAGCUUCAAAUAACCCUUCCUUCCAAAGAUACUUGUUACAUCCUUAGAAACUCGGUCCUCUUAUGGAUUUCAGCAGGUUUGCUAUGCUGCCUUGAAAACAGUGAUCUUUCCUUCUUAUUUCUUUGAAUGCUCUAAUUUUGUUUUUAAUAUCUAAAGCUCCAAAGCAUGAAUGCUGAGAAAGUCCCCAAUAAAAUAUAGUAACCAUCAUUUGCUAGAGGCAGGAUUACAUGGAAAAUAUAACACAGCAUGGAACUGAGAAUAAGGAGCCCCGGAUUUUGUCCUGGCUUCUGCCACUGCCUAAUUUCUGUGACCCUAAUUAAGCCACUUAAUGGCUCAGUCCUGAAGUUUCUUCAUCUGUAAAAUGCCAGUGCUUGUACUAGCAUAUCCUCUCAUCCAGAUUUGAGAAUUUCAGACAACGCAUAGGAAGGUAAGAGACUAGUAAAAGCAAUGCGUAGAAAAACAAAAAUACUUUGUUUUCUUCUGAUAUAUGUCUCUUACACCUCUCUCCAACCUCCAUGAGGCAAACAGACUCAGGCUUCAUCUUCCUGAGCUAUUAAAUAUGCUAGCUUUAAAUUAUUACUUCCCGGCUUAGGGUAAAUCAUUUGUUUUCCCAGUAAGACCUAUUUAAAAUCUCUAUCUCAUCUCAGUCAGUGUGUGUCAUGCAUUGUCUGUCCUAAUGGUUUUCUUUUCUGUCUCCAUUGGAGUGCCUUAUUUUCAUUGAAAAGAACCAUGUCUUUCUUGAGAGCAAAGGACCCAGUUCCCAAGUGCCCUCAGGUACCACUUCAACCGAUGGCUUGAAAUACAGCAUCUGGAGGUGAUACACAGUAUGAAAAUACACGGUGGUCCCAUCUCAGCUGGGCCUUUUGUUUCCAAAAGCCUGUUGCGAUGAGGCGUGUGUAUCUGCCUGGAGUUCGGCCAACGCUAAUGAGCAACACGCCCUGACUUCUUUGUUUUCUGAUGCCAUCUGCCCCUUUCCCCACAUCCCUUCCCUCCCACCCCACCGCACACUUUGAGCAGACAAGCACUUAUGAAAGUGCUUCUUCAAGAAAUGUUAUUUUGUAUUGUUGUUCAUAGGCAGCAGGUUGUCAUAGACGUUAAAACUCUGAAGGGCCUUGGAGAUCAUUCCUCACUUACUGAUGAGCAAACUGAGGUCCAGAAAAGGGAAGUUAUUUGCCGGAGAGCCCGCAGCUAAUUACUGGCAGGCUAGAACUGGAAUCUGGGCUUCCUGGUAGUCUGAAGAAGGGCAUUGUUGAGCCAACCAAGCCAGGCAAGAUAUACUGAAGGUUCCUAUACAGUAUCUUCCUUGAAAGGAAAGUCACUUGGAGGAUGGUGGUUUGACUGCAGAAUACACAAAAAACCUGAGCUUCUUUCCUUCUCAUAAUCAUUGGUUUCAGAAGAUGUUAUCUUUAUUCAUGACCUGUGCUAAGCUCUAGACAGAUCAAUUUUUAAAAAAAAAAUUAUUGAUAUCUUUGGCAUUUACAUACCCUCCAUUUCCAAAUAUAUUCCUCUCCCUUCCCUUAAUCCAGUGAGCUGGCUCUUGUAACAGAGAAUAAAAAAAGACAGGAAAGAAAUUUUAAAGCAGUUGACUGAAACAAGCCAAUCCAUCAACUGAGUCUAAUGGUAUGUGCAAUGUUGCACACACUUAGUUCCUCACUUCUGCAAAGAAAUGAAGGGAUUGCAUUUUCUCAUCUUCAGGGCUCAGCCAGGUUAUUCCAAUUAUGCAUUGUUCAGUUUUCUUUUGUUAUUGUUGUUUCUAUUUACAUUGCUGUAGUCAUGUAAGCACACAUGUCACAUAAAUGCGGUCAAUGUAAAUACA